AUGUCGUCUCAAGAGGAUCUGGAAGGCAUGCCUCCUGCUGAUGCUACUCUCGACGAGCUGAUGGCAAGCAUUCCCCUGGUCAACGAUUACCAGGAGUUUCUCCACAACGUCUUUCAUCGCAGAGAUCUCGUCGCCCCGAAUCCAGUCCUCCCGUUCGUCGACCGCGACGCUUCGUAUGAUGAGGCCGACGCAGCCGACCAUGACGACGCCAUCCCACACGACGAGGACGGCGCUCCCUCUGGUGAUGAGGACGAGGAGAGCGACACGGAAAAUGAGGACGCCCCGCGCAAGGACCCGGCCAAGCCACCAUCCAAGAAACGGCAGAACCGGCAGAAACGGCAGAAACGGCAGAAACGGCAGAAACGGCCCGCCGCCACCGGCGCGGACGGGAUCGAGGAGACCCCAUCUGCGCUCUUGCUUGCCCUCAAGGACCGGUUCAACAACGAGCUGCAGCGGUUCCUUGUCGCCCUCAUCGAUCUUCACCUUUCGGGGACGAAUGCCACCUUCUCGGCCUACUGGAAUCAGGCGGACGUUUUGAUUCCGUUCAUCGAGUACCUCACCGUGCAGAACGAUCAGAAGAACGAGUUUGAGAAGUACGGCGAUGGGAUCCGCUUGGUGCAGCCCGACAAGCCCACCUCGUUUCCGCCGUGCCUUCUGGCCAAGCACAAAGGGCACAAGCUCCUCCAGGCGCAAGUCGCUUGGAUAAUGUCCGCCAAAGGAGCGUACCCCCAGACGCUUGCCAACCUGGCCAAGGACCCCAACACGCGCAAUCGUAAACAUGACAUCAAGUAUGAGGAGCUCGAGGCCGCUGGUCUCGGCGUCGAUCCCUCGUCCCUCGACCUGGCUGGCCUGUAUUUCGUAAACCCGUUUGGAACGUUCGGCCUCAUCGGCGUCAUGUUCACCAUGGGACUGGCAAUCAAGACCAGUGCCUACUGGGCGGAAACUGAAGCUGCUUCUGGGAAGAGAGCGCUCGUCGCCAGUGAGUCUCGUCAACGUGUAGCGUGUAGCGCUAACGUGCCAGAGGCAUUCGGGUGGCCGAAUAAAAUCUCCGCCCUUUUGUGGAUUGACACCGCGUCAAUGGGUUACCUUCCUGAUAUCCCGGUCCCCAUGGGGGCUUUCUAUGGCGCCGAGUCCAUCGCGAUCAUCACGACUGGCGCCUCUGCCACUUCCGAGCAGGCGCUCGCCGCCCUUGUGGCCUCCAUCAAGGACGCUAGCGGCCAGGAACGCGAACCCAAGACGGGCAAGAUCCAUGGCCUGAACUCGAGAAUCAUGGAUCCUGGGUGUCCCAUGGUGAAGAGCGCUGGCGUCUCCCUCAUUGCGGCAGUCGAGAUUGUCGAAAAGGUCUACCAGCUGGGCGAGCAGCGCGUGUACCUCCCGCGUAUCCACAGAGGCGAUGAGGCACUAUAA